AUGCGCUGGCCCACGACGGCCAGGUCCCAGCGUCCCAUGGAGGAUGCCACAGGCGGCUUGACCUUGCAGGAGCUUGAUUGGCCGAACCUGCAUGGCUUCUCCUGCGGUGCCUCGGGGGUGCUCUUCCUCUUCGAACUGGUGAGGUUUUGCUUGGGCCAACCACCCUCCGACAUUGAAUGCUACGCUGCCGCGUUGAUCUACUCCGUGGUGUAUGCCACCAGGUUCGAUGGCAUUCGCAACUUGGCGCCGCACUUCAGAGACCGGUUCCGGCCCUACUAUGUGCCGGGCCUCGUCGGCUUGAUGUAUUUCCACUGGCUGGAUACAGUGGACAUGUUGAACCAGUGGUUGGACCCACGGUACUGGGAGCAUGUGGUUGUGGACCUGCCCGACCAGGCGUGGACCAUCGCGGACGUGAGACUCACUGGGCUCUUUAUGUCCAGCAUGGCCUUGUUCAUGAUCACAUUGCACAACAAAGGGGUGCUCACCGGUGGAAAGAACACAUUGAUCACGGUUCUAUUCACCAUCUUUGUGCCGGCCUUGUUUCUCACGGGCACACAUGCCACACUGCAGGCCUGUGGGCCAGGUUCUGGGAGUGGCAUGUGUCAUAAGGGAUGCACAUUUUCUUGCUGA